UUACGAGGAAUAUGCGUCAAUUUAAAAUGCAAAGGUAAAACUCAAUACAAUUGCUAAAUUAUUGAUCAAAAAGCACAAAAAUCGCAACUAUGAGCCACUCGAGUUCACUGUUAACACUGUUUAAUCUAAGUUCGACCAAGCAACUGUUCAAGACGAUAUGUUUGUUGUUUUUAACCAUACAGCUAAAUGUGUUUUUGCCUCAUCGAUUCAAUCUUGGUUACCUGGUGUAUGCUCAGUCUUUAAACACUAGCAAAACAGUUACUGAAGUUGGUAACAAAAAUGCAACAAGUAAUGUCAAUGGUUAUAAAAGCGAUAAACGCACAAACCCACAAGUGAUUUUACCUCAAGGAAUCGUACAAGGGUUUACUCAAUCAGUCAAAAGUGUGAAGGUAAAUGUGUUCUUGGGCAUUCCAUAUGCUGAUCCUCCAAUUGGUGACCAAAGAUUUCGCCCAUCUCAGGUUAUAUCAAAAGUUUCUAAUGAAACCAUUUUAGCAACGGAAUAUGGACCCAAUUGUUGGGAACCACCUCUAGGUCCAUUGGCUGAUCUAAGACGAAGUGGCAACUUGAUGGUGCGAUCAGAAGAUUGUCUCUAUUUGAAUAUAUGGGCACCAGAAAAUGCUUCAAUGGACAAACCUUUACCAGUUUUUGUUUAUGUUCACGGUGGAGUGUUGGUAAUGUAUUCAGCAGGAGACUCAAGAUGGACUGAUGGUCGGUCAUUGGCAGCUUUAGGUAAUAUAAUUGUCGUCACUCUCAACUAUCGCUUGGGAACAUUGGGUUUCCUUUUCAGUGGUAACUCUGACGUUCCUGGUAAUCUUGGUCUGACAGAUCAAUUGACUGCUCUCAAGUGGGUAAAAAAGCACAUCUCAGCAUUUGGUGGCGAUCCAAACAAAAUAACUUUAUACGGAUUGUCUUCUGGUGCCUUGACCGUCUCCAUGCUUUUCUUGUCAGGACAAGUGAAUGAUUUGAUUACAGGAUUGGUGGUUGACUCAGGAGGACCAAGUGCACUUUGGGCUGAUUCACCUGAAAAAUCAUUAGCUCGUUUUCAAGUGAUUGCCUCCAAAGUUGGCUGUUAUAUUCGUGGAACCAAAGUAGACACAGCAGAAAUAGUCGAUUGUCUAAAAUCAAAACCAGCGCUUCUUUUAACCACUGCUGGUUUAGAUCCUGAAAAUAUUGCGGUAACUGGACCAGGACGGCCUGAACCUUUUUUCCCUACAUUAGGAAGCGACUUGUUUCCCCAAAACUCUAUUGCAGAGCUUUACCAAGCGCAUCUUUGGAAGCCCAAUAUUUCGGUUCUUAUUUGGCUUGUUACUGAUGAAGGUUUUGCUCCAGCCACUUAUGGUCAAUUCCCAAAAUUAAUGAAUCCAACAACCUCUGGUUGCUCUCAACAUUUGAUUAACACUCGAAACACACUUCUGCCACCGUCUUCCAAUAGUUCCAGUAUGACAAAAAUUGGUGAUCUGAUUAAAACCUAUUGUAAAGGCUAUGAAAAUGCACCCAUGUCUGCCAUGUUGAGCAACUUCAAUACUUUUCUCGGGGAUUGGUAUAUCACUUGUCCGAGUUAUUAUUUUGCUGACAUAUUGGCUGAAGAUGGACAGAACCAAGUUUACUUUGGUAAAUUUACUUAUUACAAUAAUUCGUUCUUACAAAAAUUGUCUCCUGACUUUACUGGUGGACUUUAUGGAGCGCGCCAUGGUUUGGACAAAAUUUAUCUCAUGGGUUUACCUUACACUCGACCUGAUGACUUCAGUGAAACUGAUCGUGGUCAAAGUUUUCAAAUGAUUACUAUUUACUCACAGUUUGUUAGGAAUGGGAAUCCUGGUUGGACUCCUUACCAAAUAACCUCUAAAGGAAGGAUAAUACCAUUUUUAAGGGAAGUUAAUAGUUUGAAAGAUAUUAAAUUCACAGCAAUUAAUCAAGACAGAGUCAAAUGUUUCGUUUGGAAUGACAUACUUUACAAAAACUAGCGCUCAUUCUGUCAUUGUAUUGUUAAACCGGCAUGUUGAAUCUUUGAUUUUACUCACAAUUUAAACCAAUGAGUUAAUCACAUUUUAAACGCUAACCGUCUAUUCAAGUAAGAAAUCUCAGGCAAUUAAAUAUUGAGAAGAAAUCGUGAUGAA